GCUUUUUCUCGCUUCACGCUCUUCACAACACUGCUCAUUAUUGCAAUGGUCAUGAAUUUACUAUUCUUUUACUACUUUCUCAUUAUAUUCACUUGUUUCCCUUUACAAUAUUUUCAGAGAUAUUGCACGUUGUACUUAUAGUAAUGUCUGUAGGUAUGGAAUGAAAAUGUCUGUUAUUGGUGAUAAGUCCAACCUUCCCAAUUCUCUGAAAGAAGCGAUAAACCACGCCGAGGAAACCACAAAGGACAACACAGGACUUCAUUUUGUGGCUGCACUUAACUAUGGUGGAAGAUAUGACAUAAUACAAGCAACUAAAAAGAUUGCUGCCAAAGUUAAGGAUGGAGUUAUUCAACUAGAGGAUAUCAAUGACAAAUUAAUUGACACAGAAUUAGAGACUAAGUAUUUAGAAUAUCCUAAUCCUGAUUUACUGAUAAGAACUAGUGGAGAGCUAAGGAUUAGCAACUACAUGUUGUGGCAAUUGGCUUAUAGUGAAUUCUGCUUUGUGGAUAAGUUCUUUCCUGAAUUGGAUGAAGCUGAUUUCGUAGCAGCUUUGCGUUCGUUUCAGCGAAGGCAAAGGCGUUACGGUGGACACAAAAUUUAAUGAAAAGGCUACAGUUAGUACUUGUUGUUUCUGUGUGACUUAUAGGUCACGGGUUCGAGUCGUAGAAACAGUAGACUGUCUACGUUACAUCCAUUGGGGUGCGGCACUUUCUUGGACCCUGCAUGAACGCGAGAUAUAUUAUGUACCGGGCUACCCUUGGGUAACAAUUAGUACUUUGUGAAUUCUAUGAAUCAGAUGUAUGGGGAGGGUUUUGUUUUAAACUUUAGGGAAUGAAAAGGAACGUUUAUUAUUGAUGCUUGUAAUUUUCUAUGAAAUAAAAAUUCUUAGUACGUGCUUAGCUUCUUAA